GAAGCAGCUUUCCCUCCCCACUUGAUGGGGGCCGAGCGCGGAGGGUCGACUCGACAUCUUUGUGUAGCUGGAGGGCUAGCUCGGCGGCUAGCGGACGAGCUAGCACCCGGCCGGCCGAGGCUGCUCUGGACGCAAUUAAUCGAUUGCGGAUAACACCUAGCGUCUUUGCGUGUGCGUACAUUUGCAGAGUGAGCCUAAUGCUGUUUGUCUGUCUGUUGGUUUGCUUGCUUACUGCACAGCUAUCAAGUCAGGUGCUAAGCAGCGACCCGGUGAGCUAACGUCAUAGGGCUGCUAGUGGUUGACGCGCGCAAUGGCCUUUUUGGUCAAAGUCAACCAUGUUCUUCGACACUGCUGUGGUCGCUGCUGUGGUCCCCAGUGGGCUCUCACGGCCCAGGGUCGUUUAUGGUGUGAGUUGUCCGGGGAGCGAGGCGGCGGCGGCUUGCUGCUCAAAAGUCUUUUUUCAUUCUCGUGUGUACGUAACCGAACCCUCUGCGGGCUCGUUUGUGUUGAUGAUGGAGGUGGGAGGCGAUGAACGAAGCUCCGCGAAGGGGAGAACCGUGCGACAGGGAAGAUGCUCGGCGUUGUCCGACAGAUGCGUGUUGGAGUCGGGCCAAGUAACGCCUCACAGGCCACCUGCCAGGGGUCAUGGCCAGCGCACUCGACUGACGAGCAAAGACCCUCCCAAGCGAAAGCCCCUCCCGCCCGCCCCAAUGGUCACCAGCGGUCGCACCGUGGCCUCGCCCCCCUGAAGACUGGCGCCCGAGUACUAUGGCAAUGCAUGAUAUGAGUCGUGCCAAGGGUUUCCCCUGUAAAGAAUGUGAUAUGGUCUGCCCCAGUACUCCAAGUCUUCUAGAACAUAUGAAAGCGCAUUACCAGCAAGGAGAAAGUGGACGUUUUGAGUGCGAACAGUGCGGACGAAUUUACAAGCACGCAGCUAGUUUGGCCAACCAUAAAAAGUCUCACGAAGUGGGCUCCUUCCAGUGUCCCGUCUGCACCCGCACUCUGCCCAACGCGGUUGCCCUCAAAAAUCACCUUCGCAUACACACCUUGUCCCCAAGUAGCGCUCACGCCGAAGAAGAGAGCGAGGAGGUGCCCGAGGAAGGGGGCCCUCACGAAAGGGACUACGCCCUCGGCCAGGACCUCUCGGACGGCUUCGGGCGUCCCCACUUGAACAACAGCGGCCUGCAGGGCCACCCGGGUAGCAAAAGUUCCCCCGAGUCGGACGACGCCUGGGACCGACCGUUCAAGUGCGACCAGUGCGACAGAACCUACCGGCACCACGGUAGCUUGGUCAACCACAAGAAGUGUCACCAGCAAGGAAGCUUCAAGUGCUCCGUGUGCUUCAAACAGUUUAGCAACCUGGCCGCCCUCAACAGCCACGAGAGAACUCACUCGAAGUUCAAGAGUCCCGCGGCGUCCAUGGUGAGCAGCAGUAGUGGCGGCGGCCUCCACCAGUCCGAGCGAGGUGGGGGCGGCGGCGGCUCUCAGGCCACCCAGAGCGACAACGCCAACUCCUGCUUCUGCCACUUGUGCCAGAUUGCGCUUCCCAACAAGGCCGACUUCCAGGAGCACAUCCUCCUACACAACACCACCUCGCCGUCCCUCGGACUGUCCCGUAGCUUUCCCGCUCUCAUGCCUCACAAUCUGAGUGCGGUUCGAUCUCCGGCGUACACUCCAGCCCUCGGAGACCCUCUACCCCUACCGCCCUUGCCCGGCGAUAAAAGGGGUCCCUACGAUCCCAUCAUGGGCCCUCCCGUCAACAAUCCUAUAUAUACGUGCGCCUACUGUGGGGCGGGGCAUCCUGACCUGGAGACCCUCAAAGUACACUACCUGACCCACGAUCCCCAUCCCGCCUCCCACGGCCAGGAUAGCUCCAUACUCAACUCGGAAGCGUUAAGUUCCGCUUCCCAGGGUUCGGUGUCAUCGUCGGGAGGCCGCGUGGCCCAGGCCAGUUCUCCGGAUGACGGCGAACGUCGCUUCAAGUGCGGCGAGUGCGGCAAGAGCUACCGGCACGCGGGCAGUCUGGUCAACCACAAGCGCUGUCAUCAGACGGGCCACUAUCAGUGCACAAUCUGCUGCAAGCAGUAUCCUCACUUGGCCGCGCUACAUAGCCACCUGCGAAGCCACAAGGGGCGGUCCUCCAACCAGCCUCUGGGCGACGGCAACGAUUGGUUAUCUCCAGAACCGCUGACGCUGGACUCUCAGCAGAGCUACGUGCAGGAAAGCAGUGACGCCACCACGCCCAUCUCGCUGCCGGGAAACCUCACGGACCCCGCCCACUUUGUACCAGACGGCACUCACAACAGCGCUUUGGACUCGCUGGAGUUCCACGACCGCUUCGACGGGGGUUCCGCCCAUCGGCAGGCCGACCGCCACGUGUGCGCCGACUGCGGCGAGAUGUACGCCGACGUGUCUGGGAUCAAGUCGCACAUGUGCCCCCGCCGUGGUCAACCGCCCCCGCAGCAGCAGAGUAACAUGUCCAACGGUUUUAUAGGCAACAUGAAUUACCACAGCUCGAGUGGCAGCUCCGUGCCCCCAGACAGCGUAAAGGAAGGAAGCGGUCAGCGACAGUACUCCCAGACCGGAGGCAAGAGAAUGGGAAACAACGACAAGGAUGACAACGAUGGAGAAGUCUACCAGUGUUCCGUGUGCGGGAACCAUUACGCCAGCCUCCGAGCCCUGCGCAGCCAUCUGCGAAGUCAUGCCAAUAAUCCCUCCGGUCCCGGACCGUCCAAUCUGGAACAGGACUGGAGGAUGAUCUGCUCGACGUGUGGCCAAAGCUUCUCCAGGAAGCAAGACCUUCUAAAUCACCAACUGGUCCACGGUCCCCAGAGACCCGAGGGCCAACAACAGGGCAUCGGCAGCGCUUCGGCCAAUGGCAACGACAAGAUGGACGGGCGCAGCCACAUUUGCGUGGACUGCGGCAUGUUCUUUGCAGACCGCCACCACCUGAUCACCCACCUGUGCCCUGGCAAGAAUCGGGCCGGCACGCUGAGUAAGCAGGUCCUGAGCGGAGCAAAAGGGAUGUCCGGGGGCGAGGGCAUGGGCGGCGGGGUUGCGGGCGGAAGCCGCGACAUCGCCGGGAACGGGCGCCGGUCAAUGGUGGACCAAAGUGACAAACCCCACAAGUGUGACCAGUGCGGGCGAGGCUACCGACACCCGUGCUCCCUCCUCAACCACAAAAAGUCCCACAAGACGGGCGUGUUCCGCUGCUUGGUGUGUCAGAAGCGUUACUACAACCUGCUGGCCCUCAAGAAUCACCAGAGGACUCACUUUGACCUCAAGAGGCACAAGUGCGAAGAAUGCGGCAAGGCCUUCAAGAUCCAAAAACAGCUGAUUAACCACCUCCGUCUCCACGAGGAACACCGGGCCAAAGGACUGGUCCGGACCGGCCCCAACGGCUCACGCUACCAGCAGCCCGGCCCAUCUCAGAUGGCGAGCAUGCUCGGGGAGUCGUCGUCAAAGGGCCCCCUCAUGGGUGUCAAAUACGCUCAACAGGGCUUCAAAAAGCCCUACUCUUCGGCCGGAACGUCCAGGCCCCAAAAGUUUGACCCGGCCGAGAGCGGGCGGCGACCUUUCGCCUGCGAGGAGUGCGGCAAGACGUAUCGGCACGCGGGCAGCUUGGCCAACCACAAGAACCUGCACAAGAUCGGCGAAUACCAUUGCAACGUCUGCAACUCCACGUACCCCAACAGGCUGGCCAUGAAGAACCACCUUCGCCUCCACUUUGCCCAGAAGAAGCACAACUGCCAGGAAUGCGGCAAGGGUUUCCGUACCCAAAGGCAGCUGGCCACGCACACCACGGCGGGCCUGUGCAAGGGCCCGCAGGGUCCGGGCGCCCAAAUGGACUUUGAGUGCGACGGCUGCUGCGAGGGCUUCUCGUCGGCCGAGCAGCUGGCCGCGCACGACUGCCCCGCCCAGCACCUGCCGUCCUCGUCGUCGGCCGGCAGCUCGGCCAACGUCAGCAUGGAGAGGAGCUCCGUGGACCUGGACUCCGACGAAAGGCCUUACGCGUGCGACCUGUGCAGCUGCGCCUACAAGCACGCCAGCUCUCUGCUCAACCACAAGCACACGCACAAGACGGGCGACUUCCGCUGCAACUUCUGCGACAAGCCCUACACCAACUACAUGGCGCUGCGCAACCACAUGCGCAUCCACACGCAGCGCAAGAAGCACAUCUGCCACACGUGCGGGAAAGCCUUCCGCCUGGCCCGCUUUCUGCGCAACCACCAGAAGGUCCACGAGGAAGGCGCCACGCCGUUUGGCUGCCCCACCUGCGGCAAGAGCUUCCAGGGCAGGUCGGGCCUGGCCCGACACCGCUGCGGCGACAACCAGGUAGGCAUGGAUGGCAGGAGGAAGACGGGCGGCGCCGCGGCAGAGGGCGACGAGUGUCGCUACACGUGUGACCAAUGCGGCCGCUCCUACCGACACGCCAGUUCCCUCAUCAACCACAAGAACACGCACACCCUCGGCAUCUACCACUGCGCCGUGUGCCUCAAAACCUACUCCAAUCUUCUGGCCCUGAAAAACCACCGCCGCAUCCACUCGGAGAUGCGGCGGCACCGCUGCCACGACUGCGGCAAGAGCUUCCGAGUGGCCUCGCAGCUCUACAACCACCGGCGGGUCCACCAGAAGCAGCGGGAGCUGACCUGCGCCUCGUGCCGCCGCGCCUUCCCCACUCAGGCCAGCUUCCGACUGCACAUGGAGAUCAGCCAUGGGCAGGCACCCCAGAGGCCGCCGCCCCAUCGCCACCGGCCGGGCUGGGGCUCGGGCUUGGACCUCACUUUGAUGCAAGAGCAGGGCGUGGACGGUGCGGCGCGGGCCCGUGGACGGCAGGCGGCGCCCAAGGCCCACGUGUGCGACCAAUGCGGCCGCUCCUACCGCCACGCCAGCUCGCUGGUCAACCACAAGAACAGCCACAAGACCGGAAGCUUCUUCUGCAACUCGUGCCACAAGCAGUUCCCCAACCUGAUGUCCCUUAAGAACCACCGACGCAUCCACACCGAGCCCAAACGCUACCAGUGCCCGGACUGCGGCAAAUCCUUUCGGGUGUCCACCCAGCUCAUCUGCCAUCGCCGUAUGCACACCAAGGAAAAACCCUUUACGUGCUCGCAGUGCGAUAAACGCUUCUCCUCCAAGUCCAACCUCAGGCACCACAUGAAGGUCCACUGGCCCAGCAACUCUGCGGCACCGUCCCGCAGGGCUGCUGGCCCACCGCCCAACUUUGGGGGAAUGCCGGGCGGCACCUUCAUUUGAAUCGAGUUCGUCCUUGGGGCUUAAUUCGGCAGAGACAAACUGGACGCAUAAACGCGCAUCAACACGCUCUGGCCCGCUGCCGCCUCACUGGACACGCCCACUUGAUGAGAUUUGAGUGACGGAAGGACGCAGCUAGGGCAAGGCCUUGGAGUGGGUGAGAUUUGGACUUUGCAUACACCCCGCCCACAAACACUGGUAGCCUCUACGAUUGGACGCCGGACAUUGUCGACCUACACAAGCGGGAUUGGCCGACGUGAGAGCGGGCAGGUGACAUCUGUCGGGAAGCUCCGCCUUCUGAUUGUGUAGAAUAGUUAGCGUGUUAACGACACAUGUGUGUACACGUGUUCAUGUGUGUAGUAGCACCUGCGGCGCUAGUGUGUAGAUGUCUUUAGAGCUGUGAUGACCCGUAACCCUCCUGGCCCCCACGUGCUAAAGGGACCUUUGUAUCUCCUAGCGUAGCUUUUGCUGUAUUUAUUGACUGGACGCUGAGGUGGUAGUUAGCGUCAUGAUGUUAGCAAGCGCGUUUGACUGUUUGUAUGCUUAGUUUGAAGUCACGUGACUUUUCUAACGUCUUUUGAUAAUUUGUUAACUUGAAACCGCUGAGGACUGAAAAUAAAACUGAUGACAAAUGCUCGUCGUCACUUCACUCGCGGGAUUUGAUGCGAGCCCGGGCGUUAUCAUCGGCGUCCUGGCGACUCUUGAUGUCACUUGUCAUUCAAAGAGGAAGGUAGCCAAUGGUAAGUGGAAUUUCAAAAUGAAAGAUGUGGGGGAGACGGGCCUCCCAGGAACACGCGUCCUUAACGUUAUUGUUUUAAUAUUGACUGUGCUUCUUUUUACACUUGUAUGAUGAGUCUACGCAUGUCACUUUGUAUUUUGUAUCUCGUGUUUUGACAUCUAACUCUACUGCAAACUUCAUUUACACACAUUAAAAGACUUCCACAAA